GGGGAGGGGGUGUGCACACGCGGGCCUGAGCACCUGCCCCGUGACAUGCCGGUGCUCUCCACGCCACGGCCCUCGCGGGCCACCACGCUGAAGCGCACGGCCGUGAUCAUGGCUCUCGCGGCCUACGGAGCCCACAAACUCUACCCUCUGGUGCGGCAGUGCCUGGGCCUGGCUAGGGGCUCGCCCCAGGUGCCAAGGGGGGAGCCGACGCAGGAGGCCCCUGGGAGCACAGCAGCCAAAGCUGGCAUGAACCGGGUGUUCCUGCAGCGACUCCUGUGGCUCCUGCGGCUGCUCUUCCCCCGGGUUCUGUGCAAGGAGACAGGGCUGCUGGCGCUGCACUCCACUGCCCUGGUGAGCCGGACCUUCCUGUCGGUGUACGUGGCCCGCCUGGACGGAAGACUGGCCCGCUGCAUCGUGCGCAAGGACCCGCGGGCCUUCAGCUGGCAGCUGCUGCAGUGGCUCCUCAUCGCCCUGCCUGCCACCUUCAUCAACAGUGCCAUCCGCUACCUGGAGGGCCAGCUAGCCCUGGCCUUCCGCAGCCGGCUGGUGGCCCACGCCUACAGCCUCUACUUCUCCCAGCAGACCUACUACCGAGUCAGCAACAUGGACGGGCGCCUGCGCAACCCAGACCAGUCUCUGACAGAGGAUGUGGUAGCCUUCGCCGCCUCCGUGGCCCACCUCUACUCCAACCUCACCAAGCCGCUCCUGGACGUGGCCGUCACCUCGUACACCUUGCUUCGAGCAGCGCGCUCCCGCGGCGCCGGCACAGCCUGGCCCUCGGCCAUCGCCGGCCUCGUGGUGUUCCUUACAGCCAACGUGCUGCGGGCCUUCUCGCCCAAGUUCGGCGAGUUGGUGGCCGAGGAAGCCCGGCGGAAGGGAGAGCUGCGCUACAUGCACUCUCGUGUGGUGGCCAACUCAGAGGAGAUCGCCUUCUAUGGGGGCCAUGAGGUGGAGCUGGCACUGCUGCGGCGCUCCUACCAGGACCUGGCCUCACAGAUCCACCUCAUCCUGCUGGAACGCCUGUGGUACGUCAUGCUGGAGCAGUUCCUCAUGAAGUACGUGUGGAGCGCCUCGGGCCUGCUUAUGGUAGCCGUGCCCAUCAUCACUGCCACUGGCUAUUCGGAGUCAGACUCAGAAGACGUUAAGAAGGCAGCCAUGGAGAAGAAGGAGGAGGAGCUGGUGAGCGAGCGCACAGAAGCCUUCACCAUCGCCCGCAACCUCCUGACAGCUGCCGCAGAUGCCAUUGAGCGGAUCAUGUCCUCGUACAAGGAGGUGACAGAGCUAGCUGGCUACACAGCCCGGGUUCAUGAGAUGUUCCAAGUCUUUGAAGAUGUUCAGCACUGUCGUUUUAAGAGGCCCGGGGAGUCAGAGGAUGCUCAGGUGGGCUGUGGGACUGUGACACGGUCAGGUGUUCGAGUGGACACACCCCUGAAAAUCCGAGGCCGAGUGGUAGACGUGGAGCAGGGCAUCACCUGCGAGAACAUCCCUAUCGUCACGCCCGCAGGAGAGGUGGUCGUGGCAAGCCUCAGCAUCACGGUGCAGGAAGGCAUGCAUCUGCUCAUCACAGGCCCCAACGGCUGUGGCAAGAGCUCUCUGUUCCGCAUCCUGGGUGGGCUCUGGCCCACCUACGGCGGUGUACUCUACAAGCCCCCACCGCAGCGCAUGUUCUACAUCCCACAGAGGCCCUACAUGUCUGUGGGCUCCUUGCGCGACCAAGUGAUCUACCCGGACUCGGUGGCAGACAUGCGCAGAAAGGGCUACUCAGAGCAGCACCUGGAAGCCAUCCUGGACGUUGUGCACCUGCACCACAUCCUGCAGCGAGAAGGAGGCUGGGAGGCAGUGUGUGACUGGAAGGACGUGCUUUCUGGAGGAGAGAAGCAGAGGAUUGGCAUGGCCCGCAUGUUCUACCACAGGCCCAAGUAUGCCCUGUUGGAUGAGUGCACCAGCGCCGUGAGCAUCGACGUGGAAGGCAAGAUCUUCCAGGCAGCCAAGGAUGCCGGCAUUGCGCUGCUCUCCAUCACCCACCGGCCCUCCCUGUGGAAGUACCACACACACUUGCUGCAGUUCGAUGGUGAAGGUGGCUGGAAGUUUGAGAAGCUAGACUCGGCCGCCCGUCUGAGCCUGACUGAGGAGAAGCAGCGGCUGGAGCAGCAACUGGCCGGCAUCCCCAAGAUGCAGCGACGCCUACAGGAGCUCUGCCAGAUCCUAGGCGAGGCUGCAAGCCCAGGGCAGCUGACAGCCCCCAGCCUGCCGGGCCCCAGCAUCCCCACCUGAUCAGGGCCUUGCUGCCCAACUCUGUGCCCAUCCCCAAGCUCUCGGAUCACAUGAAGGAAGCAGCAACACCCCCCCCCCCGACACACAUACUCUCGCCCUCCUCCUGGCCCUCAGCUCACCCCUGCAUGCCUCUCCAUGGCCCCGGGAUGCUCUGCCCUGGGCCUGACCUUCCUAAAAGACCCCAGUGAACCCUGGGGACCCCUGCCCAUGAGGGCACAUUCAGGGUGGUGCCCUACUGCCUAGUCCACAUUUCUCACCCCUCAUCCCUCUCCUGGGGAGCUGCUCCCCAAUUCUAUGUCCUGUACUUUUCUCAAGAGACAGGGAAUGUGGCCUGGGGAUAGUAGCUCUGGGCCCAUGCCUCUUCAGUCGCUCCAAGACCCCACAGUCCAUCACUCACAUGCCAUCCUCCAGGGUGGCCAACCAAGGCUGCUGUCCCAUGGGACACCCUUCCUGCCAUGGAAGCAACCAAAUAGUAACCCCAGUCAGACGGAGCCCUUGUCUGUACCCUCCUGUCCCCACCAGUGGGCCCAAGGAGCCCCAGAGAAACUUGUCCAGCAUAGCCUGUCCCUCUGUCCCUAUAGCCUAAUUUAUUAGAGUCCCUGUUUGAAGCCGUGUCAGUUGCCAGUGGGAGCACCUGUCAGCAAAGGAGGUGGUCACUGUGCUCCCUCCACGCUGCCCUGCCUCGGAGACUCAUGGCGGCUCCCAUGGGCCAACCCAGCAGGGCUGCCCUCCACCAGCCUACACUGCCAGCUGCCACUGGGGCUGGACCAGAGUGAGGGCGCCUUGUUCCCAGCUCAGUGCCAAAGAGGGGUCGGCAGGGAGCGCCAUGUGUGCAAGGCCAGCCCUCGCCCCAAAGGGAGACCUCACAGCCGUGUGCCUUUCCUCGGCCCUCAGCCCUCGGGCUAGGUGCUCCCUCUGUUCCCUCAGUAAAGACCUCUAUGGAAGGCA